UCAUAGUGCCAAAGCUGGCUAGCUGCCGAGUCUCGAUCGAGUCCAAUUGCCAUUGAGCGGGAAUUCUCAACGGGCGGGACGGGUACAGUCUACAGCGGGAGGGAUCAGAAAAUCAUUACAUUCGCUCAUGCUCUGUGCGGCCGUCGGAUGCUGCGUGAGCAUCCCAUAACCAACCACCUCCUUCCCAAUACAUACACGUCUCAACCCACCAUUGGUAUUGCUAAAUUCACACGUUAAAACAGCUGUAAAUGUAGCUACAUUAUAUUGCCAUUUUAAUCAUUAAAAUUUCAAUUAAAAGUGUAAUUAAAGAAUCGUAAACCCCAUGACGAGGCAAAAUGAGAUUUUUAUGCAGACUCAGAUGGAGGACAUUGAUAUUUUAUUUGAAAAUUACGAUGUUUCUGUUUUGGGUGUCGCUUUAUAUAGCGGUGUUGCGAGUCAUCAAGAUGGCAUACUCGCCGGUCGUGAAGGACUACCCAGCACCUGACAAUUACACAUUGCUGUCGGUAAAUAUGAGAAUCGAUUGCCCUAUUCAAGUGUUAGUUAGUUAGAAAGCAUCCCAAUAAUAGGCGAGGAUAUGGGAAACGAAGAGGUGUUCGACAUACAUUCAGAUAAGAAUACGUCACUAGAGCUGGAGCAGCGAGUCACUGUCGCACAAAACGUGUGCCAGCACUACAGUCUGACUUCCCAGUCCAUCAAUAGCAAGGAGUUCUACGUCGACCAUGAGCACCACCUGGUGUGGUGUAACAUCUUCAAAGCCGGCAGCUCGUAUUGGCUAUACAAGUUCAACAUUCUCGCUGGAUAUGACAAGAAAUUCUUAUCGAAAACCAGACAGUUACCUUUGAUGCUGGCGCGGAAGAAGUUUCCCCGUCCUAGCGAGGAAGAACUGAAAGAUGCCAUUGCCGACCCCGGGGUCACCUCCCUGCUCAUUGUCAGAGACCCAUUCGUACGGCUGCUUUCCGCCUUCAGGGACAAACUCGAGAACAACACAAGACCACUCUACAGGAACCUCGCCAAGCGCAUUAUCAAGGAACACAGACAGCAAGCGACUGAAAUAUUCGGACCAAUAAAAAGUCGCGGUCCCACAUUUUAUGAAUUUGUAGCGUACCUGAUUAAGAAAAAUAAGGAGAAAGAUUAUUCGUUCGAUGAGCAUUGGUCGCCGUACUAUCAAUUUUGUUCCCCAUGCGCUGUUAAUUUCACUGUGAUCGCCAAAGUCGAGACUUUGGCAAGAGACUCGGCCUUUCUUAUUAGAGAUCUUGGUCUAGAACAUGUUCUAGGUAAAACUGUAAAAGACCGAAGGAUACGCGAUCGUAUAGUGAACAAAUCCCGAGACGGGAAGAACACUACUACAUUGUUAAAAGGUUAUUUUAAACAACUAGACCAAGAUAUGCUAAGCGAUUUGUUAAGAAUAUAUGGCAUAGACUUUGAAAUGUUCGGAUAUGAUACUAAAAUUUAUAGAAGUUAUGUUAGAGAUUAAAGAGUUUAUUUAUUUUAUAAUGCUGUGUGGUUUUAUUACUGUAGGUUGCUAAACAUUGGUCUAUUUGGAGUGUAUAUCAAAUAGUAUUAAUUAAAUACAUAUAAGACAGUAAAAUACCGAAGUAUGUGCGAUCGUAUGGUGAAUGAAUCUCGAGACGGGAAGAACACUACUACAUUAUUAAGAGGUUAUUUUAAACAACUAGAUCAAGAUAUUCUUAGUGAUUUGUUAACAAUAUAAUUAUAGUAGACUUUGAAAUGUUCGGAUUUGAGACCAAAGAAAUAACCUUUUAAAAAUGUAUUAGUAUUCUUCCCGUCUCGGGAUUUGUUCAUUAUACGAUCGCGUAUCGUUCGG